CUUCAGCCUUUGCCAAAAUUACAUACAUAUAUGUGUUAUGCGUUGUGUUAACACAGAAAGAGAUCACAAACAAGUCAAAUUUAGGAUGUUAAUUCAAGAAGCAGCUCCAGGUUGUCCAUCAAGAAGGAUCCAGGUCUCACUGUAAAAAUGCUGAACUGAACUGUGGAAGAAUGAUUACAGAAGGCCGUUAUCUGCGGUUUGCUUUGUCUAAUCCAAUCAAAGUUCUUCUGUCCAAUCAGGACGCACCGCCUCUAGAGUAAACGGAACUCACGUGGAGAAUUUUGUUGAACUUUAUUGUUAGAGCUGUCACCCAUGAAAAGGCUUUUCCAGCGGUCCACUAUAAAACCCCUGGAAGAGAGAGGGACGGGUAAGAGCUCCUCAUUCUGCCCUUUUGGACUCUAAUCUACGCGAGCCAGUACCAGCACGUGAAUUCCUCGCUGUCAUUUUCAACAAAAAGACGGUGCAAUGAUGUUGCCAAGUGUUAUUGCGCCACCUGCUAUGUACCCGAGCUUUCUGCGGCCCUCGGCGGCUCUUUCCUUGCCUCCCACUUUACAGUCAGCGUUCACAACGCACUCGAGUUUCCUGGUGGAGGACCUGUUGCGGAUCAGCAGACCUGCCACCUUCAUGCAGAGGAGCAUCCCGUCCCAAAGCGCAUCUCCUCCGGCCACAGGAGCCACAACUCUGAACAACUCCUUCGCAGUCCAUGUCGCCAUGUCUACGUCUUUGCCAAAAAGAUCAAGCUCUCCACAAACAUCAAUUUCAAACGAUCCAAAUUACUUGAAGUUUGGAGUGAAUGCGAUUCUCGCGUCAACAACACGAAACGGUUCACCACCACGUUCAGAACAAGGGAUGAAUGCGAAAACAUUUCCGUUCCCAUGUUUUGACGGCUUAUUCCACCCAUUCAUCAGAGCAUCAUAUUUCUCAGCAUCGUCUUCAGCAGUGCCUAUUCCCGGAACUUUCGCAUGGCCCCUCACAGCUCGAGGGAAACCGAGGAGAGGAAUGCUUCGACGGGCCGUCUUCUCUGACGUGCAGCGAAAAGCGCUGGAGAAGAUGUUUCAGAAACAAAAGUACAUCAGCAAACCAGACAGAAAGAAACUGGCCACGAAACUUGCCCUUAAAGACUCUCAGGUAAAAAUUUGGUUCCAAAAUCGAAGAAUGAAAUGGCGCAAUUCAAAAGAAAGAGAGCUUCUGUCGUCAGGAGGUUGCAGAGAGCAAACAUUGCCGACGAAAAUGAACCCCAAUCCUGACCUGAGCGACGUUGGAAAAAAGUUUGAAAGUGACGACGCUGCUGUAGAAAGCCCGCGCGCGCCUUUCUGUCAGCCGCUCGGGGAUCACGAGCUCAACGUAGAUUUACGUUUCACUUCGCCUUCCAUCUCCAGCAAUCACUCAGACUUCUCAGAAUCAGAGGACGAGGAAAUAACAGUGUCAUAAUCAUUUAAUAGAUUCUGUAAUUUCCAGUGAAUAAUGUUUAUGCACAAAACUGGAGAAAAGUGGUCUUGUUUGACACGGUAGCUGUGUGAACUUUGAUAGGAAACCUUUCAGUUGAAGAAAGAAUGUCGCAAUCGCUGCGUUUUUGGCAGCUUGUAAGGUGUUUUGAAUAAUUUGUAUAUAUAUUUUUUUAUACCAAGAUUAUUAUAAUGUUUCUUAAUGAUUUGGGAUACUUUGUCUAUAAUCUUAAAUAUGUAGAUGGCACAUUUCUAACUUAAAAGUCUUAUAUUAUUUUGUAUACUUAUGUUUUUGUAAAAAAUGUAUAUACAUCUAAAAAACUUUUUUUUUUUUUUUUUUUUUUUUUUUAACAAAUUAAAAACC